AUAGCAUGCCUCAGCCACCUCUCCCCAGCUCCUGCUUCCCCUCUGUCUCUGCAGACACAUCUGCUGCCAUGGUGAAUGAGAAGCACAAUGGCACUGUGCUUGUGCAGCUGGGGCCCAAACUGCAGGCCUACCCAAAGGAGCUGCUCCGGCAGCGGCAAGGCCAUGCCGGCCGGCCAGAAUACUUGGUCCGGUGGAGCGUCAUUAGCUCGGAAGAGAGAGCAGCGGGAGGCAGCAGUGCCUCCUCUGUAGAGACCAAGACAGAGAACAUCUCCAUGUGGAUGUCUGCAGAGGAGGUGUGUGCCAGCUGCCCGAUGCUGCUGGACCAGAGGAGGCUGAAAGGGCCGUGGCUGAAAGAGGAGAAGGUGCCGGUGCCCGUUCCGUCAGACAAAGCCUCGCUGGACGAAGCCUCACUGCUGGAGAUGAAGGCCGAUGUCAGGAGCCUGGUGCAGCGAGCCAGGCGCCAGGUGGCUGAGGCCGGGACACCCGAGUGCUCUAUCCUGAGCACAGUGCACGUGCUGGGCGCCUAUGCCAGCAUUGGCUCCCUGGCGGGUGCUUUCAGAGAGACGGGAGCCCUCAACCUGCUGACGACGAUGCUGUGCCACAAGGAGAAGCAGAUCCGCCGCAGUGCAGACCAGAUGCUGCGUGCUCUGGGUGCACACGAUGCAGAAAGCUGGGCCUACGUCCUGCUGUCCCUGAGCCAGCAGGAUGGCAUCGAGCAGCACAUGGACUUUGACAGUCGCUGCACCUUGCUGGAGCUGUUUGCUGAGAUCACGUCCUCUGCAGAGCACUGCAUGUCCUUUGAAGGGAUUCACCUCCCGCAGGUCCCCGGGAAGCAGCUGUUCAUCCUGGUGAAGCGCUACCUGUGUGUGACUUGUCUCCUGGACAAGCUGAGCAGUGGCGUGGAGCAGGGAGAGGAGCAGCAGGGCUGUGCUGUGCCCAGCCCUGUCCCUGAGGAGAGGAGCCGUGUGAAGCAGGAGUUUGAGUUCAGCAUGGCCAUGGCAAACCUCAUCUCGGAGCUGGUGCACGUGAUGGGCUGGAGCCUCAGCCACAAGGCAAAGCCGCUGCCCCAAGGGGACCUGCAGCCUCGCCCUGCCCCCUCCAUUUUCCAGCACAAGACCCUGCCCAGAACUGCUGCCAAAGCAGCCCCCAUGUCCCCAGCAAAGGAACCCAUGACCUUCAAGACGCGCUCGGCUUUCCCGAGCCGCAGCAGUUAUGUGGAGUACGUGCAGGCCACGCUGGUGAGCGGCAUGAGGGUGCGCAUGCUGGAGGACUACGAGCAGGUCAGCGCUGGUGAUGAGGGAGAGUUCUGCCGCAGCAACGACAGCAUGCCCCCGGUGCAGGUGUACUGGCAAGCGCUGGGCUGUAUGUACUGGGUUCAUUGGCACAUGGUCGAGAUCAUUGGCCCUUCAGAACAAAAGGAGCUUGACGGCCAGGAGAAAGUGAACAACCUGACUGGAAACCACAGACUGAGAGCAGUUCCACAGCCAUUUCUGUGCAAGCCCUUGGGGGGGCUGUACUCCCUGCCUUACCUAGGGCAGCAGCUGCCCAAGGCUGCAGAGACACUGAGCCGUGCCGAAUGGUGGGAGCUGCUCUUCUUUGUGAGGAAGCUGGAAGCACAGGAGCAGAAAGAGAUCAGCUGUCUCAUCCAGCAGCACCAGGGAGAGCAGGUAGGGUCCAGUGCCUGCAGUGGGGAAAUGGGAGGGGGGAGCAAAGGGAACAUUAGGAAAGGGACAAGGCCCAGAGGAGAUGGCAAGUGUGAGCUGUGGAGGGACAGCCUGAACGGGGCAGAAAGGGAGG